AUGGGCCUGUUAGUGGGUUGGAAAUACGCAGCCUUUAUCGGAGUCAUGGUAAGCGCUAUUGGCUUAGCUGCUUUCCCAGUUAUAAUCGAUCCGAUGAUAAACACUGACAAAUGGAAAAAAAUUCAAGAAGAAACACGUAGGAAUGUUAGACAAGAAGAGAUACAACCUGGAAAUAUGAAAGUAUGGACCGAUCCGUUUGAGCGAAAAAAAGAACCAGCUAAUACCAAAUAG